AUGGAGAAAAUGCUUCCUGCCACAGAGGCGGUCAAAAUCUACCAGACAAAUUAUGUGAGAAACGUCAGAGCCAUUGGUGUCUUGUGGGCAAUUUUAACCAUUUGCUUUACCAUCAUCACAAUGGUGGUGUUUAUUCAGCCCUACUGGAUUGGCGACAGUGUGAACACUCCACAGUCUGGGUACUUUGGGCUCUUCUACUACUGCAUAGGCAACCCCAUCACCUCAGAGCUUGUCUGCAAGGGCAGUGUGCUCGACUUUAACUCCAUUCCAUCUGGGGCAUUUAAGACUGCAAUGUUCUUUGUGGGAACCGCAAUGCUGCUUAAUGUUGGCACCAUGGUCUCCUUCAGUCUCUUCUUCUUUUGCAGUGCAGCCAGUGUGUACAAGAUAUGUGCAUGGAUGCAAACCGCAUCAGCUGUGCUCUUGGUGAUGGGCUGUAUGAUUUACCCUGACGGAUGGGACUCCGCUGAGGUAAAGCGAAUGUGUGGUGAGCGGACGAGUAAAUACACGCUGGGAAACUGCACAGUGCGCUGGGCCUACAUUCUGGCUAUCAUCUGCAUCCUGGACGCACUCAUGCUCGCACUUGUGGCCUUCACACUGGGAAACCGACAGGAAAAUCUGCUACCUGAUGAAUUUGAAGUAGAGUCAGGGGAAGGAAAAUCCUGAAUCCAGAAGUUGUUCUGCCAACUGCGAAGAACCAUAAUGAACCAGAAUAUUAUAAGAAAAUUUCACCCAUCUCCCAAA